AUGGCAAUGGCACUCCAGAUCUCCACGCUCAUCCAGGAAUGGCUGGAAUCGAGGCCGGCCAUAAAAGCCGGCGCCGAAAAGAACCCCAACGCGGUCCGCUUCGGCAUUAUCUCGACGGCAGCGAUCAAUCCCAUCGCGAUUAUCCGCCCCGUUGAGACUCACCCCGACGCCGUCAUCAAAGCUAUCGCCUCCCGUAAUCUCGCGAAGGCGCAGGCGGUUGCGAAAAAGUAUAAUAUCAAGAAGGCAUACGGAUCUUAUGACGAGCUACUCGCCGACCCAGAUAUCGAUGCCGUCUAUAUAUCUCUUCCCAAUGGGAUGCACGGUGAAUGGGCCAAGAAGGCGUUCGCCGCAGGCAAGCACGCCCUAAUCGAAAAACCCAUUUCCGCAAACGGCGACGAGGCCAUCUCCGUCUUCGAAUCCGCGAAAGAGCACAACUGCAUCGCCAUGGAAGCCUUCCACUGGCGCUUCCACCCGGCUGCUCACGUCGUCAAAUCGAUCGUCCAAAGCGGCCGAUACGGCCGCGUGCUGACGACGUACGCGCGCAUGACCACGCCCGCUGGUACAAUUCCCAAGUCCGACAUUCGCUGGAACUGGGACCUCGGCGGUGGCAGUUUGAUGGACAUGACGUACGUCGUGUCGGCGACGCGGUUCUUCCUCGGCGUCGGGGCCCCUGCAAAAGUUGAGCAUGCCAAGGCGCGUCCGAUGAAGGAGGAUGCGCGCGUUGAUGAGGCUAUGGAGGCGAGUUUGGUGUUCGAGACGGAUACUGGGCCGGUGCGCAGUGUGAUCAAGACGGACAUGAAUCAGGCGUAUGCUGCGCACAUUCUCCCCAAGGUGUGGGAGUUGCCGUCCAUUCGGCUCGAGCUUGAGCAUGCCACCAUCUAUUUCUACAAUUUCGUAAUGCCUCACGUUUACCACUAUAUCCAAAUCACGGAUAAGCGCACCGGCCAGAAGAGUACGCAGAAACACUACUCCUUUGGGCCACUCUGGGGACCUAGAUCCGAGCCUUGGUGGAGCACCUACAGAUACCAAUUGGAAGCCUUCGUCGAUAAGGUCGCCGGACUGCAUCCCGUCCACUGGAUUGAGCCAGCUGAUAGUAUCUCUCAAAUGCGGACAUUGGACGCUAUAUACGACGAGUCAGGACUUAUGAAGAGAUCGAACACAUCCGGGAAGAAAAUCUAA